GAAAAGCAAUAGACAUUAAAGUGACUGAGACAAAGAGAUAGAUAGAUAGAGAAAUAAUAUCCAUGGACUUUCUUAGACUUCCCUGUAAUUCCUGCACUUCGCUGUACCGGCAACUCUCUUCGCCGAAGGCUUACAAUCACCGCUUUAGUUCAUUGAAAUGUCGCCGCGAAAAAACGACGUCGGAGCUCCAAACGCAGACCGGUCGAGCCGGUAACAACAACAACAACAACAACUUCUCCCCCUCGAUCCCGACCCAUAAAGUCACUGUUCACGACACACAACGCGGAGUGGUUCACGAGUUCCUCGUGCCCGAGCAGGACCAGUAUAUAUUGCACACAGCUGAAUCUCAAAAUAUCUCGCUUCCAUUUGCUUGCAGGCACGGUUGUUGUACUAGCUGUGCUGUACGUGUAAAAUCUGGACAAAUUAGACAGCCUGAAGCGCUAGGAAUAUCUGCAGAAUUGAAAUCAAAGGGGUAUGCACUACUUUGCGUGGGCUUCCCAUCAUCUGACCUUGAAGUAGAAACACAAGACGAGGAUGAGGUGUAUUGGCUUCAAUUUGGAAGAUAUUUUGCCCGAGGACCAGUUGAGAGGGAUGACUAUGCAUUGGAACUGGCCAUGGGAGAUGAAUGAGCAAAUGUACAAUAUCAAUAUAGGAAUGAGGAUCCAUGGAGAGAAACAUGUAGAUUGUAUUUUGUUCCCCUCCCUUUUUCAUAUUCCAUUUCAAUUUUUGCCCAAAUUCCUUUAUUUUCGGUCCUUUAAUGUAUGAAUGUUACUGAUUAAAUAUUCCACGCUAUGUACGUUCAGCUAGUAGAUUCCAUAUUGCUGUUUUGAA